CCGACCUUCGCGGCAUUGUGUCGUCGUCGUGAUCUGGUCCUCGCCGACCCCUCUCGUUUCCCUCCUCAUUUUGCGUCUCCCUUUCCAUGUCCUUUCUCAAAGACCACUAUGCCGUUCCCCCGACAUCACAGAGUCAUUCACGCUAAACCACGAUAGCUGCCACUUUUACUCCGGCGACGAUGCUCUUCAAGGUAGCACUGGUGUCAGUGUUGUCAGCGCUGGUCGCUGCCAUUCCGCGGAAAAACCCUUACGCCAGCUUCCUGAGCAGCGCCUUCGUGUUUGACCGGACAAAGAGCGUCGCAGAAAUACCGAGUCCGCAGAUUCCCGGUGGGGAAUUCAUGGGUCGUCCCCUCGACUACGGAGGAAGCCUCGACUUUGGAAAGCCUCUUUCUGACUCAGUGGGAAAACUGAAGGUUCUGACAUACGACCAGAGGUUCAAUAACUACGAUGAAGACACAUUCCAAGGCGCAGCACGCUACGGUAAACCUGUGGUGAAGCCUCACGCCGCCGUCCACGACACCAAGGCGAAGAAGAACAAGUUGUACGGUCCAAUCAAAAAGUGGAUCCCAGCAGUAAAGAAGGCUCAAGCGCUACAGAACGACAUCGUUGGAUCACUGGAGGAUAAAGACUUUGAAGAAAGCGCUCAGAAUGACUACAGCCAAUCGUACGCGAGGUACGAACUGCCUCAGUUUGAGUUCGCUAACCCUGUGGGAUAUCCUGUUUUCUUUUAAGAAAGAGAACCGCUACUCACCGAUGGAGCAAAACGAUUCUCUUGAUCCAUUCACAGAAUCUCCGUAGGCAUCAACUCCGUUGAUAAUGCACUGCAAGUGACUACUUUCAAAAUUGAACGUCCAGUGUAUUGCCCAGAUACAUAUCAAUGUAUUGUCGUAUGUUACCCGGUAAUCGGUGAAAAUUACUUUUGUUAGACACUAUCGGUAGGGUAUACCACUAUAAAAACACUAUUUAUUUAUUUGUGCAUUGGUUUGCAAAACUAAUAUUCAUUUGGCAGCAGCUUCACUUUCAUGUACAGCGUGCGAUGCACUUGUAUAUAAUCUCUAUGGCUCGUGACGGAACGUUCCCCUAUUGGCAGUGUCGUGCGCGAAAGAGCUAUACCAAAAUCGUUUCCGAGGGGAGACCGAGCAGCGUCGAACACCACACAGCGCCAGCAAUGGGGAGAGAUAUUUAGGAACAUGCCCGUACUGGCUCAACCUGUGCUGCCUCCCCUCCCUCGGAUUUUGGUGCAGCUCCUCCGCGCGCGGCACCGCCGAUAGGGGGAUCGUUCCGCCACAAGCUGGAGAUUACAGACAAGUGUGUAGCAAGCAGUACCAUCAGUCAUGUCAUCGUCGAGGUGCGUACGGGCUGUAGGUCCUUAUCAGAACACGGGGGCGUAUACGACAUAUUACGUCUAAAAGCUAGACAGGGGACGCUCAGGAAAAAGCAGGCUUUAUGUCUGUGCGAUCGACGCAGAUUGUUGUUGAUGGUACCAAGUCAGUUGAGGGUAAUUGGCGCUUUUCCCAAUUUUGCGCACUGAGUCUUGUUUCUUCUGUAUUUUUUGAUAAUUCUCUGUAUCCCAGCUGUUUUCUUCUGUUUGCUUGAAAGCAUUAGGGAAUAGCAAGCCCACACCGUGGCUAACCUUUCCCUUCUCUUUUUUCUUACUUUGCAUUAAACAUAUUCCCCCCCCGCACUGAGUCAACCGCGUGGUGGCAUCAGGGAGGUGUACGCCAUAGUUACCUCACACCGAUAACAAAAACUGCAAGUUGCUGCCAACGUCCCGUUGUUAUUUCAUAUUAUCAACAACAAUCAUUUGUUCUAUCUCGGCUGCAGGGGCGUUAGAGUGUCUGAUUGGUAUAGAUGUCAGCACAGUUCUUUAUGAAGCACGUCGAAACUGCACAAACCGCACUCCUACCCUAGACAACUGAGCCGCAUACGUAUAUUGGUGGGCUUUCGCGUCAGUAGAAGGCCGGAAUGGCAAUGAAAAGAAUAAUGUCUUAGACCGUGUAGGAUGGAGAGAUAUUUAUGGUUUCGGCGUGCCAGGACACGCUUCUUUGGUACUUUCAUCAGACCUAGCAGACCUGGUAUCUGGUACUUUUACUGCUUGAAAAGUGCAUACCCGUGCAAGGGAUUCCAGCGUCCAGCCAAUACGUAUUUCAUCACAACCGUUGAUGUAUUAUUCCAUAUCGUAGAUACUGCGUUAAAAAAAAGAAGAAAAAAGAGAGAACAUUUUAUGUCGGUCUCGCCAACCGAACCUUGAAAAACAGGAAACGGAGACAUACUCUCAUUGUAUCAAAAUGGAAGCAGUAUCUCCUAAAAUCACAACCAAUGAUUCGCAAAUUUUCUCACGUUAUACAGGGUGUUGUUUUUAUUGUUAUAGAUUUUUAAAUAAGAAAGCUAUGAGAGGCAGUAAAGACGCUGCGUUCUUGUAGUUGAGCUACACGACCAGGCGGACAUCCUCACGAAGAGAGUAUGCAGCGAAUAGGAGACUGAUUACCUAGAAUUCAUUAAUUAACACUUUAAUUAUGGGCUUUCGGGCAAAAAUGAGACAGCGUAAUGGGAGACAAUCCUCGUUGAAAGCAAUUCUGUAUUUUUAAAAAAUCCUGAAACGAACAAGUGUAUUAAAAUAUCCAUCGCCAAAUUUUGCUACGCAAACGAGCCGAAACCAAAACCGCGCGCUUUAGGAGCCCAUGACCUUCGCCGUCGGCGGUUCGCGAGGUGGUAGAUCUGUCAAGCAGAUGAGCGCCUGCUCCAAUCGACCUCUUUCAAACUCGCGUCGUAUCCUAGCGGCUGUCAAGCGAAACACGUUCGGCGCGCGCAAAAGCACAGCCGGCACCAUCUUGGCGCCAUCUAUGGAAUAUAUAGGGAACCCUCUUCGGCGCCGUCAGGGUCGCAGAGCAUGCGCAGAAGCGUCUCCAAAGCACGUGGCCCUGUGACAUGGAAUGAGCGCUGUCCACCCUGCGUUCCUGAUGCACGCGGUUUCGGUUUGGGCUCAUUGGUACAGCAAAAUGAACCUUUUUCCCAGCUGCUUAUGCGCAUGCGCUGCGGCGCUUAUGACCUUGGCUGCUGCGGACAACGCUAUAUCCGUGUCCCAUAGAUGGCGCUGGAUGGGGACGACAGGAGUGGGGACCACCGGGGACACCGCACGAACUCGUCUGCCUCACUCCAAGAGCGGUUUUGGCCUUUUAGGCUGCCCACGUGGGUUUGUUUUGGCGCGCGCCGAGGGUGGUUCGCUGGAGAGCCGGUAGGAUACGACACGAAUUUGAAAAAUGUCCAUUCGAUGAUAUAUUUCAACGCACGUGCUCGUUUCAGGCUUUUUAAAUAAAUUAGAGUGGUUUUCGACUAGGGUUGUUUGUAGGAUUGUAGCGCGAGAGUACCUAAUUAAAAAGCUAAGUAAUGAACUUUAGGUGAUUAUACAGGGUGUUUGCUCUAACGUGUCCAGAAAUUUUAUUUAAAGCGAGCGAUAAAAGAGAAACGAGCGCUAGUUUUCAGCUACUUGACUAAGAAACAGGUGCUUCUAGUGAAGCAGUACCUGUCUCUUACUCAAGUAGCAGAAAAGUACCACUUGCUUUUCUUUUAUCGCUCGCUUUAAAUAUAAUUUCUGGACACGUUAGAGCAAUCACCCUGUAUAGCAGUUACAUACUCUUUUUGAGAGAGUGUCCGCAGAACCCACCUGCAAAAACGGUAUCUAUGCUUUAUAGAAAAAUCUAUAAGGAAUAAUAAUUUAAAAAAAAAGCAUCCUGUACAAGACAAACCAGAUGCCAAAGGUAAUAUUAGUGAAUAUCCCUUUCGUUUCUCUCAGUACAUGCCCGCAUUUAUGAUACAUACAUUCCCCUUCCUAUGAAAUGCUUUCGACGCAGUUUACCGCAGAAAGUGUCUUGGGGGUAUCUAUACUGAGAAACUAUGUGAUUCACUCAACGCUCCAUACUUAUAGCCCACGUGGUACUACGUAGUACUACCCCACGCAGUAGCACUUAGAUAGUACUGUUCCUAGCCCUCCACCCAUAGAGGCAUUGCGAUUUUUGUUUUUGUUUUGAUUUCCCAUUUUUGUGUGUUGAUUAUUUGUUCUUCGUUAUAUUUUGAGCGCUUCUUGGUUUGUAUGCAUGCACAGAAUCUCUAUAGCAAUGGCAAAUUGAGUAUCCCUAUAGUAUUAUUUGCGCUAGAAAAAUAUUAGUAAUCCGAUCUGUUAAUUAUGACUCCGAUGCGAGAACGUGCGAUCGUGCGAUUGCAAAAUACCAUUUCUUUAUUUUCAUUUCAAUUCUAUCCAAUCCACAGUUGUGGGUUUUGAAGGUAACUACAUCGGGUCUUGCGUGAAAAAAAGAUUUGCUAUGGAACUGUGUAUUUUUUCUCCAUUUCUUUUGUUGUGUUUCAUAUCUGUUUGUGUUCAUUUUCCGCUGUCACCUUCUAUUAUAUUUGGUGUGAAAUCGACUUUAAAGGGUGCCGUGAUGAGUUAUUGUUCCCAACACUGCAGACAUUAUGAAGUGAACGAACACGUUUGAAAGUAUUAUACGCAAAUGGAAAUGACCUACACAUAUUAAAGUCAAGAAGAGCAGAGGACGUUUUCUCUCGUAAUACUUCGCCACAAAAUGUUGUAACUGUAUUUCGUUAAUGGUAUCUUCUAACUUUCUCUUGCGCAGCGAGCGGAAAGAUCAUUGCUGCAUCUAACGCGUGGUUGCCUUUUGUACAUUUUUUUUUGUUCACUCCGCGCAAAGUAUUUGUCUAGUGUGACAGUUUCUGUUUGUUUAUACGCAACUAUGUAUUCAUUGUUGUUUUGUUUGAAAUGGCAAGCUGACUGUCUGCCAUGAAAAGAACAAAAUUAUAAAAAAAAACUGUAAUAAAGAGACA